AUGCAAAGUAUGGAAGAUGUUGUGCAAGGCAGGUGUGUAAAAAGGAUGAGCAAACAGAGGAGGAUCGUGAACAAAGAAAAAUUGAGAAGAAAGUUUCUGAAAAAGGAAGAGGUCAGAGGAGAGAAUAAUGGCACAAAAGCUGGUAUUGAAGAAAAAAGUGACUAUUUAUUCAAGCUACUUCUGAUUGGAGACUCCGGUGUUGGGAAAUCUUGCCUUCUACUUAGGUUUGCAGAUGACACGUACACAGAAAGUUACAUCAGCACGAUUGGUGUGGACUUCAAAAUCAGAACUAUAGAACUAGAUGGGAAAACAAUCAAGCUUCAGAUAUGGGACACGGCAGGACAGGAGAGGUUUCGAACUAUCACUUCCAGUUACUAUAGAGGCGCUCAUGGCAUCAUAGUUGUGUAUGAUGUUACAGAUCAGGAGUCUUUCAAUAAUGUAAAACAGUGGCUGCAGGAGAUAGACCGUUAUGCCAGUGAAAACGUCAACAAGUUGUUGGUGGGGAACAAAUGCGAUCUGACCACAAAGAAAGUAGUAGACUAUACAACAGCGAAGGAAUUUGCAGAUUCUCUUGGAAUUCCAUUUUUGGAAACCAGUGCAAAGAAUGCCACAAAUGUAGAACAGUCUUUCAUGACCAUGGCUGCUGAGAUUAAAAAACGAAUGGGUCCGGGAGCGACGGCUGGUGGUGCAGAGAAGUCCAAUGUUAAAAUUCAGAGCACUCCAGUCAAGCAGUCUAGUGGAGGUUGCUGCUAAAACUUGCCUCCCCCCUUUUGUCUCACAACAAUGAAUUUGCAAUCUGAACCCAAGUGAAAAAAAAAAUUGCCUGAAUUGUACUGUAUGUAGCUGCACUACAACAGAUUCUUACCGUCUCCACAAAGGUCAGAGAUUGUAAAUGGUCAAUACUGACUUUUUUUAUUCCCUUGACUCAAGACAGCUAACUUCAUUUUCAGAACUGUUUUAAACCUUUGUGUGCUGGUUUAUAAACGUGUAAUCCUUGUUGCUUUCCCUGAUACCAGACUGUUUCCUGUGGUUGGUUAGGAUGUAUUUUUGUUUUGAUGUUUCUAUUGGCAUGUUUAGAUGUCAGGUUUAGUCUUCUGAAGAUGAAGUUUAGCCAUUUUGUAUCAAACAGCACAACAGUGUCUGUCACUUUCCAUGCAUAAAAUUUAGUAAGAUAUAUGUAAGAUCUGAUUUGCUAGUUCCUCCUUGUAGAAUUAUAAAUGGAAAGAUCACACUAUCUGAUUAAUAGUUUCUUCAUACUCUGCAUAUAAUUUGUGGCUGCAGAAUAUUGUAAUUUGUUGCACAAUAUGUAACAAAACUGAAGAAAUGUUUAAUAAAUAUUGUACUUAUUGGAAGUAAUAUCAAACUGUAUGGUGAUAAAUAUUGUCUUAAUUUGUAUGGCUAAGGGGGAAAUCAGGCUUGCAUUGUGCACAAAACAUAUCUGUGUGCAGCCAUGGCGCUCAGACCUUCUGGUAGGCCAGAGACCUUCCCUGCAACUAGAACUAGUGACUGCGGCCUGAAAGACUGAGCUGUCGUGGUGCUUAAGGCACGUAUGCUGUACCAGAAACACCCAGCCAAUGUUCACGGGGGCAUAAUGCACUCUGAAUGUACAACAGUUCCCUAACUUAGUCUUGGAACUUAAUUUAUUUCUCAAGGACUUGAUUUGGGGACUUCCUGUCCACUUUGUGUAGUCGGGGAGAGAGAGAGAAUGGUAUUUCCCCAACACAAAUUACUUCAACGUAACCUUGAGGUGGUAUAACUUUCUACCAGUAUAUUAUGUCUUUUCUAUAUACUGUUAAUUCCAUCCUCUUUUAAUCAGUGCUCCUCUGAUGUAGUGCGACAGCUUAGCUUCUAUUCUGUUAUGCAGAGAGGCAUCAGGAGGAGGACACGGGGACAGCCAGGCCCCACAGCAGACUGUUGCUCACAGUAGGCGCUCUUUCCAACCAUUUGGAACUAACCAGCAGCCAAGAGGUUUUGGACAGUGUGUGAUUCUUUGUACAGAGCUAAUCAAAUCAUUAGUGCCUGAUGUCUAGCUAAAAGCCACAGGAAAGCUAGCCUAUAACACUUCCUAUACAUGUAAAAUUGUUCAGCUUUAUCUAAACUCCAAUGUUCAGCCUCUUCUGUAAAUAGUCUCAUGUUUGAAAGACCAUGUAACAUUCCCCAAGUAGUAAAUACACCCUGUGAUAGUACAAAUAUAGCCUAGGUAUGUUGUGAGGUAUAAACUAAAACUGGUGCAAAUAUCCUCAGACUUUUUUUUUUGGGGGGGGUGACUUUGGCUAACAGCUUUCUUCAACAUAGUUGCAUCAAUCAACAGGCAAUUGUAAUACAUAAACUAUUGUCAUGGUUAAGUUGAACUCUUCCACUUGAGACCUUCACAAUAAAGUGAUGUGCUUUCUAUUAGAGAUGUGCUUGUUGGUAUAAUUCAUUAUACGAUGUGACUCGCUCCUCAGGAGCGGUAGGAGUAGGGAGUGCUGCGGAGAUCAGGAACCGAAGCAGAAGGAGGUGUAUUGAGGGUAAAACAUCUUCCCUUCAGAGAAGUGCACAAAUGAACUUAAAUGUCAAGAUGCCUGCUACAUACUAUCCAAAAAAAAAAAAA